CUUCGCAUCUCUGUAGAUGCGCGGUAAAUUUUACACACUUUAGCCGGCUGGUCUGAAGAAAAAAAUCCUUGGCAGUUCUGAAAAAAACAUCUCAGCCCUUACAGCAAAACCGAAAUACAGCGAAAAUUGUUACAAUUAACAAUAAUAGAGGUGUUUAAGGCAGGGAGUUGCCGUCAGGGAUAUUUUGCUUUCCCAGCGCAACAAAGCAUACAAGUCAGAAGGACUUGUUGCAUCCUCGGGUUUUCAUUUGGCCCUUUGAUAACUUGUGCUCAGAGCCUGGGCUUGGACGAGCGCACCGCCACAAUGGACCAUAGCAGCUGGAGCGGAAGCGAGAGCCCUGCAGACGACAUGGAGAGGAUGAGCGACGAGGCCGACAAGGGCAUGGACGGGGACCCCGAGGGGGUGUGGAGCCCCGACAUCGAGCAGAGCUUCCAGGAGGCGCUUGCCAUCUACCCCCCCUGUGGGCGCAGAAAGAUCAUCCUCUCAGACGAGGGAAAGAUGUAUGGUCGCAAUGAAUUGAUAGCAAGAUACAUCAAACUAAGAACAGGAAAGACAAGGACAAGAAAGCAGGUCUCCAGUCACAUUCAGGUUCUUGCCAGACGGAAAUCUCGGGAGUUUCACACCAAGCUGAAGGUCACAUGUAUGGACCAGAGUGUGAAAGACAAGGCACUGCAGAGUAUGGCCUCCAUGUCCUCGGCUCAGAUCGUCUCUGCCACCGCCAUCCACAACAAGCUGGGCCUCCCAAGACCCACCUUCCCUGGAGCGACAGGGUUUUGGCAGGGUAUGAUAUCCACUGGACAGCCUGGAUCCUCACAAGACAUUAAGCCAUUUUCCCAGCAGGCCUACCCCAUCCAGACAGCUGUAACGACCACCAUCUCAGCGUACGAGCCCCCCACGCCUACAGCCCCCGCCUGGCAGGGACGCUCCAUCGGGACCACCAAACUCAGACUGGUGGAGUUCUCUGCCUUCCUGGAGCAGCAGAGAGAUCCUGACUCUAUCUCUGGCACCCUCUUGAGGCAUCAAAACUACCUGUUUGUGAACAUUGGACAGACCAACUACUCGUACAGCGAUGCCCUACUGGAGGCUGUGGACAUCCGUCAGAUAUACGACAAGUUCCCAGAGAAGAAGGGAGGACUGAAGGAGCUUUUUGGAAAGGGCCCUCACAACUCCUUCUUCCUGGUCAAGUUCUGGGCUGACCUGAACUGUAACAUCCAGGAAGACUCUGGGGCCUUCUACGGUGUGAGCAGCCAGUAUGAGAGCUCUGAGAACAUGACCAUCACCUGCUCCACCAAGGUGUGCUCCUUCGGCAAGCAGGUGGUUGAGAAGGUGGAGACUGAAUAUGCCUGCUUCGAGAAUGGACGCUUUGUCUACAGGAUAAGCCGCUCCCCCAUGUGUGAAUACAUGAUCAACUUUAUCCACAAACUCAAACACCUGCCUGAGAAGUACAUGAUGAACAGUGUCCUAGAGAACUUCACCAUCCUAUUGGUGAUGACCAACAGAGAAACACAGGAGACGCUGCUGUGCAUGGCUUGUGUGUUUGAGGUGUCGAACAGCGAACACGGAGCUCAACAUCACAUCUACCGGCUAGUCAAAGAAUAAGAGACUGACUCAGUGGAAACAUGCUGGGACAAACUAUCACCGAUCUACCUGAAGGACAGCUUAUGAAGGAUGGAGGGAAGACAUUGAAGGACGAAUCCUGAGUAUUGACAGAGAUAAAUCACUGUUGUGAUUGGCUGGUUGUGGGAAAGACAUGAGGCAACCGCCCAGUGAAUCAUGCCUUCAGAAAGACUGACAACUUUAUGGAAAGUGGCUGUGCCUCUACACAAUGUCCUUGGGUUACAUUGGGGUCAAGUUUCUAAUGGAUACUAUCAUUAUUUGUAUGAGUGCAGCUGUCAAUGUACAGUUGUGUCGUGUCAUUUUUCCAGACUAGGUCAUACCUGUGGUGUACAUAUGAAGGGGCAUUGCGUAACAUAGGAAGAUGUUCUGUGGAUUACAUUUGGAAGCUAUCCGUUUUCUGCAUUUUAUACUGUAGUCAUCACCAAAAUGAACCAAUUACAGAUUAUAAUAGCCUUUCUUAAUUAGAUAAAUAUAAAAACUAUACAAACAGUUACUACAUACAUGUAAUUGUGUGAACAUUACUAUCACACAAACAUUUUCCAAAGAAAAAAGGUUUUACAUUUUGUACAUUUUGGAUAACAUAGCAAAUGCUAAACUACUGUAUGAUGAAGACAGGUUACGGUUACAAUUCCAGGGACACUGAAACUAUAAAUAAGAUAAGCAAAUUCAGGUACCACUUUGCAGCACAGCUCUCUGCAUCAGAUCCCCUGUGCCCAACUAAAGAGAAAAAGCACUGAUGAUACUACAGCAAGACAAUGCAUGGCAGAGACCAGAGAUUCCUCCUAAGUUAUCUUUUCUCUAAGCUGCUAAGGUGUUACCCCGUAUGACAAUGAAGCAAAGAAUACACAUAUUGAAAAUGAAAGCACUGUACUACCAUAGUUACCCAUCCCAAAGCACUUAGUUCCGCUGUAUGGUUAUGCGGGGUAGAGUUAACUUGUUGAAUAAACCCUCUCUUUUUAGUGACUGAAACUUUACUGCUCAGUGACUGAGGAACACAUUAGUCAAAACACUCCCAUACAAUAAUCUUUGGGUUUUCUUGGUUCUGGACGCUAUUCAGCCUUAUUUUGCCCAUCAAUCUGUGGCCUACACUUCCGGGCGCCUUAAAGCUGGACUCGUUAAUGGUGGAACUGCCACGUCUGUUUGCGAUAUUACAACAACAAAUGUACUGCAAACAACUUUGCUUGGAUCGAAAUGCAUGACAUUUGUGAUGAAUCAUGUCGGUCAUUAAAGAUACAACUGUCAGUUUUACAUGUACACAUUUCACCUUGUUUUACAAAAUAAUUAUGGUAAGUUAUACAUUGAUUAUUACAAUAAACAAGUUCCAUGCGUAAUAGCAGUAAUAACUUUGCCUUGUCUAUCAAAAACCAAAAAUCUGGAGACAUGUCAGAUGUGCAUUUGUCCCCUGCACUAUAUUAUAAAGUGCCUUUGGUCAUGACUUUACAGCUUAGAAAAGGUUUAAAAGAAGCAAAACCAAAAAGUUUAAGAAAUGGCGGACGAGAUCACCAGAAUGCCUUUUCCAAUGUGUUUCUCUGUAGAACUGUAUUCAUUACCACAAGAAUUAGACUAUUUGGGAAAAGAUUGUACCCUUAGAUGCAUGUUCAGUGUUUUCAAUAGUUAUGGGUCACAAGAUCUCUCUGCGAAGGUUUAUUUCAUAUCACUGUCACAGUAGAUCAACUGUGUUAUCAUACCAUAUGCACACAAUAACAUUACAGUCCAUAAAACAUAAUGCAGUAUACUUGUAUGUUAGUGUUGCUGAAGACAAUGGAAUCAGGCAGGGUUCAUGUCACGUUUAGAAGACCUUUGACCUGUGUUUUAACUUAUUAAUAAUUGGGACUAGAUUAUGGUGUGAACAACACAGACCACCAUUACAGUAGUUUCUGUUUGAAUGUGCUCUAUGUAGGCUAUACUUUACAAUGCUUUUGUGAUGACUCCAGUUGAACCAGAGCCAAGCCUGUUGGUUUCACUGCUGGGCUCCCAGUAUGUCUGUCCUGUCAACCAGGAAUAUAGAGUUCACACGAUAAGUCUUUGGAAAAUAUUGUUAAUUUAAAAUGGACACAAGGAGUAUUUUUGACUAACAUCAGCAGCUAAGAUCUGGGUUGUGUGUUCUUUGUCUAUAGGUACUGGUACUUUCUUGUCUUAUCUAUUUAAAAAAAUUGGCUUUAAUUUUUCUCAAGUUUGGAUGGCAUCUUCAGAACAUUGUGUGCAGAGAAUUGUUAAAGGUGAUUUGUAUAAAGAGACGAGAACAUGGAAAGAGAAACUGACAAUACAUGUGUUGUUACUGCACAGGGUCUGGUCUUUGCUUUGUAACUUUUUCUUCAAAUUCUAAAAUGUUAGAUAUUUUAUAGCUUUCUAGAAAACUUGGUAUGCAUAUAAUAUCCAAUUAAAAAUAAAUGGUCAAUUCUG